AUGCUCCUAGCUGGAGUCGCCGGUGUCUCUGGCUUUAUCGCGGCCCCGGCUAGACUCUAUGGCCAAGCGCCGCUAAGCUCCAUCACGCCGUCCAGGUUCAAGUGCGAACUGCCUCCGAUUCUCGAUCCGUCAGGCGAUGGAUUGCCUUCUGCCAACGAGCUCUUCUCCUCCAAAUCAGCACGCGAGCAGCAGAUUAAGCGCCUUCAGGCUAUCGUACGAGUCCCAUCCGUCUCCUACGACGACCUAGGCGAGGUUGGUGAAGAUGAGCGCUGGUCGCCUUUUUACAAACUUCACGAUGUUUUGGAAGAGACAUUCCCUACUGUGCACAAGCGGGCUAAGCUAGAGAAAGUCAACACUCUCGGCCUUCUGUACACUAUCAAAGGUUCAGACGAGUCUCUCAAGCCAGUACUAUUGAUGGCCCACCAAGAUAUCGUCCCGGUUGCUGAUGAAUCGACAUGGACAUACCCUCCCUUUGAUGCCGUGUACGACGGCGAGUAUAUCUGGGGACGAGGAGUUUCAGACGAUAAGAACAGUCUCACAGCAGUUCUGUCAGCAUUUGAGGCACUCCUGUCCAACAGCGACUGGGUACCGAAGCGCAGUUUCGUGCUUGCGUUUGGAUUCGACGAAGAGUGCUCUGGCUUCCGCGGCGCUGGCAAGAUUGCCCCUCUCCUCAAAGAGCGAUAUGGCAAGGACAGUUUCGCCGCUAUCCUGGAUGAAGGAGGUCUCGGCUUGCAGGAGGUUGGCAACGCGCUAUACGUUCUCCCUGGUGUGUCGGAAAAGGGCCACAUCAACAUCUUCUUCGAACUGGACGUUGUCGGCGGCCACAGCUCGAUUCCCUUCCCUCACACAGGCAUUGGCAUCAUUGCAGAAAUCAUCACCGAGCUCGAAUCCCAUCCGUUCAAGGCUGAAUUGAUUGAGGAUGGCCCUGUACACAACCACCUUCAGUGCCAGGCGCGUUACUCGCCGGAGGCGUUCCCGGAUCUCACAAAACUGAUUCAAAGGGAUGAUUUGGAGGGCAUCACGCAUUGGCUAGUCAGGAGAAGCCGAGACACGCAAUACAUUGUCCAGACCUCACAGGCUGCCGACAUAAUUAAUGGUGGACAAAAGAUCAACGCCAUGCCGGAGAAGACUCUUCUCGGUGUCAACUACCGAGUUGCUCACCACAACAGCCUUGCCGAGGUUCAGCACAAUGCUGUUCGACGCAUCAGCAAGAUUGUCAAGAAGUACGGCCUGACGCUCAAGCCAUACGAGGGCGACGACGACUACGACAAAUACGUUGCCGGCUUGGAAUCUGAAGAUGAAGUCGAGUCGGAAGAGGUCAUCGAUUACAAGGGCACUUUGGUUCUUUCAACCCAAGGCAAAUCACACCCCAGCCCCAUUUCUCCCACCAGCGGCGAGGCAUGGGACGUCUUCGCUGGCACCAUUCGACACACCUUUGCGUAUGACAAUGGAACCGUGGUCCCAACCGGAGAGAUUAUGACGGGUAACACCGAUACUCGCCACUACAUUGGCCUUUCGGACAACAUUUGGCGUUUCACUCCUGAUCGAUUCCAUGCCCAGAACAACAUCCACACAAUCGAUGAGCAUGCCCGUGUUGAUGGACACAUUGAGAUGCUCAAGUUUUACUACAACUUUGUGCGCAACUUUGAUGCCGCCAAGUUCUAA